GAAGAGCUUCAGCCACCUAUCAGUCUCCCAGCUACCCAGCACCCUAUCUCAGACUCCGACUCCGUACCACCGAGCCUGAAGGCCUUUAACUCACGAUCGACAUCCCUCUUCCCCAUCAUGUCCGCCCCCAAGAACUCUCUCCCCGCCGGCAGCAGCCUCUUCGGAGACGGCAAGCAGCCAGUCUCCCCGGCCGCCAAGAUCUCCUACCGGCCUUCGGGCAUGGACUACAAGUCCACGUACGAGAUCACGUACCGUGGCGCCGAGCUCGCCGCCCUCAAGGCGCAGGUCUCCGCCCUCCACCGCGAGAUCGCCGCCACCCGGGCCGCCACCAGCAAGGCCCUCGCGUCGAAAGACGCCAAGAUCGAGUUGCUGGAGGCCGAGCUGGCGCUCCACCGAGGAGCGAAGCCGCCUGCCGCCCUCGCCCUCGCUGGACGGGGGGUCGUCCUCGACGACCCCUUCGUGACCGACAACCGUCCCCCGCAGCUCGCCUUCAAGGCACCGCCGCGCCGUCCCGCUCCCGCUGCUGCCCAGCAGCAGCCACUGUCGCCCUCCGCCCCGCCGUACUCGCCGACGACCGCGAUCGGGGCCCGGCGGUCCUACCGCUGGGACCCACCGGUCAUGGACCUGUCCCCGCGCCGCCCGCACCACCACCGGACGAGGACGCCGGAGCAGCGGUUCCUGGGGGGUGGCGCCCCUGUCUUCACGGCGGGCAUGGAGCCCCAGAACGACCGUUGCCUACUCCAUGACUUCUUCGAGUCCAUCCGCGCGUGGGCUUCCACGUACACGAAGCCCCUUUCCCCCUCCGACAUCACGAAAACUUGCGCCCAGAUGCCCUCUCUCCAAGACCUCUUCGCGAAGAAGAACACCGACAUCAGCACGCUCCUCUCCUCCGCCGAGCUCCGUGCAGAUGUCGUCGCCGCCCUCGUCACCCGCCACAUCGUCAUGUAUACCAUGAGCGAGCACUUCCUCAUCCACUCCCAGCACUCCUCCUCCGCCGUCUACGAGCAGCUCCUGCUCGACUUUGCCCUCUCCACCGACGCUGCGCAGAAGCACGCACUGUGCCAGCAGCAGUCCUCGCUCUACGCCAACCUCAAGGCGGACAAGGGUCUGCGCGCCUGGCGCGACCGCAAGGCAGAGAAGCUGAGUCGUGACCUCAUCGCCGACCUGGCCUGCUUGCUCGCACCCGGCGCGAACCAGCACGUGCUGAGCGAGCUGUUCAUCAAGGGGUACCGCAUCGGGUUCCGGCUGCGCAUGGAGGCCGUGAAGUGGACCAUCAUGUGGCCGACGGCAGGGACUGAUCUCAACCUGCGGCAUAUGGUCAAUCAGUCGCGGAAUCUGUGUGGGGAUGUCAUGCAGACGUUGACGGUGCUGCAGAGGGAGCCGGAGAAGUUCUGCGUCAGGUUCGCGCUGACGCCGACAUUCACGAAGAGUGGCUUCUCUUCGGGCUGUGAGCAGAAGGAAGUCAUCCACUCUGCCCUCGUGCACGUAGGUAUGAAGUAGCUGGAGGGUGUUGGUGGAGGUUCAUAGCGCUGAUGUUGAAUGAUGUAUAAGUAGUUGAAGGCCUCUAGGUGGCCAUGUGUACAGUACACAAAAAUACAUACCCAAUACAUGC